AUGCUAAGAAGAAGAAGAGCAGGUAGAGUGGGCAGUCAAAGUAGCCCAUCCGUGGAUGCAGAUGGGUUGUUUACCAUCUUUGUAGAUGAAAUUCCAAACUCUAUGGAUCCAAAAAGCUUGUAUACUUUAUUCAAUAAGCUCGGAAUAGUUAAGGAUGUCUUUAUUCCAAUGAAAAGAAGACAAGUUACGGGCUCUCGGUUCGGAUUUGUAAGGUACGACUGUAAGGUUGUAGCAGACAUGGUGGUGCAAAAGGUUGAUGGUUUAUGGUGUGAUAAUAAAGCUCUGAAGGUGAAGAAGGUAGAAUAUAAAAAAGGGGAACAGAAACAACCUACAACGAGGAACAAUGGUGGUCUGAUGAAGGAGUUUGAAAGAAGAGACCUGAAGGAGGUAAGAGUGCGAGAUGGAGGUGGAAGAUAUUGGUAA